ACAAACUAUGAUACUUUAAAGAUUGACUAUGACUCAGUUAAGAGAGCAAUGACUCACGUAAGGAAGCAUAAUUUAAAAACAAAGGUUCAUGUUCCAAUUUUGGGAUAUAAUUGGUCAAAGUUCAUAAGAAAUCGUAUUCUCUUGGUGAAGACAUAUAGGCCAUUGUUAAAUGAGUCGGUCAAAAGCACGGCUACUAUGGUCUCUUCCAAUCUGACUAGUAUACAAAAUCUAAGUCAGGAUGCCCAUCAAGAAAAGCAAUACAUGUCUGAUUUGACACAAAGCUUUAGUCUGUACAUAUCUGGGUGGACACCCGAGAGGUACUUAAAGAUAGUGUCACUGGCAAAUGUCCCUUCUCUUCUGCUGGCUGCAAAAGUCAAAUUCAAAUUGAGUAUGAAGGGUUUGAUUGAAAAUUGAGUCGCUAUUUUGUUUAUACACGUCUUUGAGUGUUGCACGCUUUCAUGCUCACUCGUUAUCAUCAUCAAUAAACAACUCGUGAAAAUAUAACAACGAGUAUCAGCCCAUAUUUAACUACUUUGAAAAUAUAUAGAGCAUGAAGUAUCUCGAUGAGAUUGAUAUUGAAUUGGUCAAUCAAGAACUUAAUUUCCAUACGAAUGAUAAUAGCCUUGUAAUAAAGGGAGGAUGUGAUCUUUUUACCACUAAACCUAUUGCUUCUGAUAGGAAGUUGUAUAAGAGUAUUGAUAAACAUCUCACUCAGAUGAUACAAGAGAACCAGUUGUCCAAGACUAAGGAUCGUAGAAACUCACUGAGUUCAUUAAUUGAAAGCAGUCCUAAUUCACAGCCAUACCCAUUCAGAAGUCGGCAUGGAUCAUCAAAUGAAAGAAGGAGUUCUACCAAUACCACCGAUACCUCCUUGGACUCGGUUGAUGCCAUAGACGAUUCACCUUUUGGAUCAUUGAAGACACCCUCAACCAAGUGGACGUUUGCAAACCUCAUUGCCAUACUAAACACGACGUUUCCGGAUCAUGAUUUUUCAAAUUUACAGCCCACAACUGAAAAUUUUAGCAGAAUUCAUAACUGUGAGGAUUUGAUUCACAGAUUCAAUAAUAUCAUGGUAAGUUUAGGCAAAAGUGAAGAAACAAUAAAUUGGAUGUGGGACAGAAUUGACAGUCAUAUGGGAAUGCUUCCUAGAGGAUCUCCUAAUUUUCAGCCUAAUGAUACUAGAACAAUCUCUAGAAAGUAUAGCAACAGCGGAAAUGGAACCGAAGGGCUUCCGCCUUGCCAAAUUUUUGAAUUUGUUCCCUCUGACCAAUCUAUAAUAGAGGAUCUAAAUUUGCCAUAUCAAACCAUGUGGUCGUAUUAUUGGUUCAUCUAUAAUAAGAAGAAGAAAAAGGUAGCUUUCAUUUACUUGACAGCUAUCAAUAAGAUACACUACUCAAUGAUAAAUGGAAAUAGAAAGGCAUCCUUCAGAUCAUCUAUGAAAUUCGACAGGUCAAAUAUAAUUGGUAAUGAUGAUGAGGCAAUCGAUGAUAUCUCAAUGGAUGAAUAUGAUGAAGAAGUCCUUAUUGAUGACGAUAGUGACGUGGAUGAUCUUGUGAUUUAACUGUGCUACCAGACAGCAUUUUUUCGUUUCAAUUCUCCCUUUGACUGAAUCUUAUCAGUUGACAAUUUAGUACCUAUUAAUGUAGAAUUGUGAGAAUAGCAGGAAUUUCACGUUUGACUACUCUUACAACCCAAAAUAAACAAUUUUCAAACGGUG